AUGAAGGAGACAAACCCCAAUCUCUCUUAUUUUACGCGUAAAGGCGCACGGCAUGAAGAACUCGUGCCAAAACUUCUCGCAAACUUCACUGACAAGGUCACAGACAGAGCCGGGAGCAGGAUGAAGGUAUGUAACCGUGGAGUGCAGAUGCUCCUCACCACGGCGGGGGCUUUCGUAGCCUUCAGCCUGAUGACCAUCGCGGUGGGCACCGACUACUGGUUGUACUCGCGUGGAGUUUGCAGGACCAAAAGCGUGAAUGACAAUGACACUAACCGAAAGAAUGAAGAGGUACUUACCCACUCAGGGCUCUGGAGACAGUGCUGCAUGGAAGGCAUAUUUAAAGGGGUUUGUAAGAACAUUGAUCAUUUUCUAGAGGAUGCAGAUUAUGAACAAGAUGCUGCAGAAUAUCUACUGCGUGCUGUGCGCGCCUCUAGUCUUUUCCCUAUAAUGAGUGUGGGACUGCUGUUCAUUGGUGGAGUGUGUGUAGCCGCCAGUGAGUUCUACAAAAGCCGACACAACGUUAUCCUGAGCGCAGGCAUCUUUUUUGUCUCAGCUGGUCUCAGCAACAUCAUUGGCAUUAUAGUGUACAUCUCAUCCAACGCUGGUGACCCCAACCAGAGCGAAUCCAAGCGCAGUCACUGGUACGGCUGGAGCUUCUACUGCGGCGCUCUUUCCUUCAUCAUAGCGGAGAUUGUAGGCGUCCUGACCGUGCACCUGUUCAUCGACACACACCGUGUGUUGAGAGCGCGUUCACAACGCUCACUCCAAAGCAGCACACAUUCCCUGCAGCAUCGGCGCUCGAACAGCUACCGUUCCCGCUACCGCUGGAGGCAGGGUCAAAGCCGCUCGUCAGACUCCCGGUCGCGCGAACCUUCUCCGGCCAGUCACAGAAACGACCUCGGGCUUUAUGCUCUGGGACGCGGACCACCAACAGCUACGCACGCGCUCGCGCAUAACUCCCUAGGCUCUGGCCAUGGUAUUGCACAUUUUCAUAACUCCGUCAUCACUAAUAACAACUUUGCAAAUCCUCAUGUUUUCACCAUGCAGAACUCGGUGAAGUCGGAAAGAGAGCUUCCGCACAUACAGAACUCGUUGAGCACCGUGAAAAGGUUUGUGUUUGCCAAUGCACAUGAACACAAUUCAGUCAAACUGGAUAAUGGAGUCGUGCUGUCGCAGAACUAUAAAUUAAACUCAGUAAAUCCCAGUAAAAGCCCAGUGCAUGAGCACAAUUCUGGGAAUGACAAUUCCAACGCUGUAAAAGAGCCCUCAUAUAUGCCUCAAAGUGGCACUGCGACAAGAAGAACAACUCCGGUGUAAAAAAAAGAAUGGUUUAAGACCUCUGCUGCUGUAUGAGACUAUAUGAAAGGUCUGAGUGAAGAUUAUAUCUGCUAUAGAAACAAAUGGAACACAAAAAAUACAUAACUAUAUGACGACUUCCGUUUCUGAGAACUGAGAAAUAUGAAAAGCGUCCAUUGGUUCAUCCGUCAUUUCUAGAUCCGUAUGAGAAGAAUUGUGGGUGGGGGAGUAAAUGAACAGUGCAUUCUUUCACACUCAAUACCCACGAAUGAGGUGCCCAUUGCAGCAAAAAUGGUUGCCCACUGCAUAUCCACAGUGUUCACUACUCACUGCUGUGUGUGUGCGCACUUGGCUGGGUUA